UCUGUCCACUAGGUGGCAGUAUAGAGUUUAGGAUAGCGUGUGCUAGCAAAAACAAAGACAAGGAUGACGAAGAAAAAAGGGAAGGAUUAGUGUACAAUUAGAAGGCAACGAUUGUUAAUCGACUAUUUUUGCUUUUCUUGUGUGGUCCAGUAAAACAGCAGGGCUCCUGCAACUUAACAAUGAACCUGGAACGACUUCCCAACGAGGAGAAGCUUGGCCUCUGCAGAAAGUAUUACCUAUGUGGUUUUGCUUGUCUUCCAUUUUUGUGGCUCGUGAAUGUUGUUUGGUUUUUUAGAGAAGCCUUUAGGAAGCCAGCCUACACUGAACAGACACAAAUGAAAACAUAUGUAAAGCGAUCAGCGCUGGGGCUGUUGUUUUGGUUCACAGUUCUGACGACAUGGAUAACCAUUUUCCAGCACUUCAGAGCACAGUGGGGGGCAGUGGGGGAUUACCUAUCUUUUACCAUUCCACUGGGAACACCUUAAGAUGUUCCUAAAAGACAUGUCUUUACCCAUAACUUGUGGUCCACUGUCAUGGACCAAAUAGUGCUGCUUCUAACUGAGUGAACGAUGUUGGUCUCUUUGUAAUCCCACGUCCAUAAAGCUUUACUGCACAUUGAUGUUUUGUUGUAUAUUAUUCCCCUCAAGGCAUCUUUGUCUAUAGAGUUUGGGUUUGUGAUUUUGAUGAUGCACAUUCAAAUUUGUUAAAAGAAAUCCACUACCCUUGCUUUUUUUACUUUAAAUUGAAAGAUGAUCGUGUGAUUGUAGAUGCUAAACUCUUAACUUGCAGCUGAGGAAUAAAAAGGCUUCAUCUUUUGAUCUAUGAAAA